AUGGGUGCAGAGCCUGAGAGUAGCGCGGGCACGGGCCCCACAAUAGGACGGACAAGAUGUUGGGGAUCUGCGGGUGGAGAUGUUCUCUUUUGGUCUGGCGCUGGUUGGCGAUUUUUUUUUUCUGAGGUGCUCUUUUGCUUCGCUGAGUGGGGGGCCUGGUUGUUUUCAUCCUUCUGUCAUUGGUGUGUGAUGUACCCCUGGCAUUUCUGGAAGGCAGGCCCAGUGAAGGGGGAAGGGGAGAACCCCCAAACAGUGACCGUGUCCCAAAUUCCCAAUUGUUGGGGGAAUCGUCAUUUGCCGCGACGUGGAUCUCAAGGCCCGAAGGCUUGCUUUGGUGGCACAUGGGGGGAGGCUUGGUAUCCGUACAUGUUAAUCCGUAGCAAAAGAUGA